GAUGCGUCUAUGCUGCCGUAAAUUCAAAAGAAGAAGAAAGAAAGAGAGAGCGCGCGUGUGAUGUGUUUGUGUAUCCUCAGUGUUUUUCUCUCUUGCGUGUUUCAUUGAGUGUAAACAGAGUCUUGUCUCGGUGUAUUUAAGUGUUAAGACGUUGAUGAUGAGAUGUGCUGUGCUGUAAAUGAGUAGGAACUGAUCUGUCCAUGCUGGAUAUAUUGAUGAUUUCAUCGCAGAAAUCUCUUAGCUGAAGAAGGAGACAAAGCUGAGGUCAAGAGAGAUUUAGCAAUGAAUCGAGAGGAUGUGGAUUGUUGUGAAUCUUCAGUGUAUGUGACGACUGAUGGGAGUCUGGAUUCAGUGUGGAUGAGCAGAGAUCAGAGCCGCACACCACUGCUGGCCUCUAAACUCUCUGAAGAGAAAUCCAGACACACACAGGACUCCGAUCUCAGUCUGACUUUACUCUGUUAUACUGAGUCAAAGCCCACAGACACUCAGGACACUACAGUGUGUGACAGUAAACAGAGCUUACAGGAGGAUCAAACCUCCACAGAGUCUCUGGAUUCUGUCUGUAACGCUGGAGAACAGCAGCAGAUCCUGCAGACCAAACUGAAGAUGUGUUCAGUUAAACUCAUCGACUUCACAAAGCUCAUGAUGAAGAUUAAAACUGAACCCAUAGAAAUCAAAACUGAACCCACAGAAAUAAAAACUGAACCCACAGAAGAGGAAGAUCCCACUGAGGAAGAUGAUGAUUUUAUUCCAUCAGAUGUGAAGAGUGAUUCAUGUUUGGAUAUAGAAAUAACAUCCUCAACAUCAAAAGAGCGACUGACAGCACAAACUCUUUCCUGCAUCACCUGUGGAAAGACAUUCAGCUCACAGAGACUUUUAGAGAGACAUGAGAGAAAACACACAGAACAGAAACUCUUCACCAGAUCUGAGAUCAGCUUUACUACCUUACAAGAGAAGAAACUUCAUUCAGAAGACCACAGAGAGAAGCAGCAGUUUCACUGUGAGCAGUGUGGGAGGAUUUUUGUCUCGUCCUAUAAUCUAAAUGUUCACAUGAGAAUACACCGUGGUGAAAAGCCUUUCAACUGCACUGAAUGUGGAAAUUACUUCAGAACCAAACAAUAUCUUAAAGUUCAUCAAAGAGUUCACACAGGAGAAAAACCUUAUGAGUGUCCUCACUGUGAGAAGAGAUUUAGCCGUAAACGUGGUCUGAAGAGACAUGUGCUUUCACACACCAAUGAGAGACCGUAUCAGUGCAGUGAAUGUGACAAAACCUUUAGGGAUUCACGCUCUUUAAAAAAACACCAGAAUACUCACAUUAAAGAGAAACUCCAUCAGUGUUCACACUGUGAUAAAUGUUACGGCCAUAAAUAUCAGCUGAUAGUCCAUGAGAGAGUUCAUACUGGAGAAAAACCUUAUCACUGUAGUGUCUGUGGGAAGAGUUUUAGUCAAAAAACUACAUUACUAUGUCACAAGAGAAUUCAUACAGGUGAAAAACCUUACAAAUGCUAUCAGUGUGACAUGACAUUUGCUUAUUCAGGUCACUUCAAAGUCCAUCAGAGAGUUCACACUGGAGAGAAACCCUACGUCUGCUCUCACUGUAGAAAGAGCUUUUCUAGUUCAUCUAAAUUCAGAGUUCAUCAAAGAGUUCAUACUGGAGAAAAACCUUAUCACUGUAGUUUCUGUGGGAAGAGUUUUAGUCAUCAAACUACAUUACUAUGUCACAAGAGACUUCAUACAGGUGAAAAACCUUUUAAAUGCUCUCAGUGUGACAUGACAUUUGCUUAUUCAGGUCACUUCAAAGUCCAUCAGAGAGUUCACACCGGAGAGAAACCUUACGUCUGCUCUCACUGUGGAAAGAGCUUUUCUAGUUCAUCUCAAUUCAUAGUUCAUCAGAGAGUUCAUACUGGAGAGAAACCUCAUCACUGUAAUGUUUGUGGGAAGAGUUUUAGUCAAAAAACUACAUUACUAUCUCACAAGAGAAUUCAUACAGGUGAAAGACCUUACAAAUGCUCUCAGUGUGACAUGACGUUUGCCCAGUCAGGUUCCUUAAAAUCCCAUGAGAGAAUUCAUACUGGAGAGAAACCUCAUCACUGUAGUGUCUGUGGGAAGAGUUUUAGUCAAGGGUCUUCAUUACUAAAGCACAAGAGAGUUCAUACAGGUGAAAAACCUUUCAAAUGCUCUCAGUGUGACAAAAUGUUUACUUGUUCAAGUAACUUAAGAUACCAUCAGAGAGUUCAUACUGGAGAGAAACCUUAUCACUGUAGUGUCUGUGGUAAGAGUUUUAGUCAAGGGUCUUCAUUACUAAAGCACAAGAGAGUUCAUACAGGUGAAAAACCUUUCAAAUGCUCUCAGUGUGACAAGACGUUUGCUCAGUCAAGUCACUUACAAGCCCAUCAGAGAGUUCAUACUGGUGAGAAACCUUAAAGCUGAAGGUAUACUAGGGGGAUCUGCAUGACGUCAUUUUUGUCAUUGGGAGAAAAUGACCGUACGCGUACAAUACGCGUUCAACAGCGCAUGUGUGAGAAAAUAUUGAGAUAGAACACCCCACUACAAACAAUUAGGGCGCACUCACACUAUCCAAACCAAACCGCGCUCGGGUGCGUUUGACCCCCAAAGCCUGGUUUGUUUGACUAGUGUGAUCGCUCUGUUCCACGCUCGGGUGCGGAUUGGUUAAUCGCGCCGCGUCCGGGUUGCAGAGGUGGGCCGGAGCGCGGUUCACUUGGGCUCAGCACGGAAGGCUGUGGUGUGAGCGCUAUCGCGCCUGAGCGUGAUUCAAAUGGUGAAGACAUUCGUAAUACUAACUCGAUAGAAAAGCUAACCAAGCCAAAGUGAAGUGAGCUGACCCGACCUGACUCGCAAAUCAGUGGGGCUCUGACGGCCUGGUAGAGUAAUAAUUUGAAUGAGAAAUCAUUUGUAUUGUGUACAGUCGUGGCCAAAGGUUUUGAGAAUUACAUAAAUAUUGGAAAUUGGAAAAGUUGCUGCUUAAGUUUUUAUAAUAGCAAUUUGCAUAUACUCCAGAAUGUUGAAUGAAGAGUGAUCAGAUGAAUUGCAUAGAAUUGCAUCAUUUCAGUAAUCGUCUUGUUAACUCAGGUGAGAAUGUUGAUGAGCACAAGGCUGGAGAUCAUUAUGUCAGGCUGAUUGGGUUAGAAUGGCACACUUGACAUGUUAAAAGGAGGAUGAUGCUUGAAAUCAUUGUUCUUCCAUUGUGUACCAUGGUGACCUGCAAAGAAACGCGUGCAGCCAUCAUUGCUUUGCAUAAAAAUGGCUUCACAGGCAAGGACCUUGUGCCUACUAAAAUUGCACCCAAAUCAACAAUCUAUAGAAUCAUCAAGAACUUCAAGGAAAGGGGUUCAAUUCUUGUAAAGAAUGCGUCAGGGCCUCCAAGAAAGUCCAGCAAGCACCAGGAUCGUCUCCUAAAGAGGAUUCAGCUGUGGGAUUGAAGUGCCACCAGUGCAGAGCCUGCUCAGGAAUGGCAGCAGGCAGGUGUGAACGCAUCUGCACGCACAGUGAGGCGAAGACUUUUGGAAGAUGGUCUGGUGUCAAGAAGGGCAGCAAAGAAGCCACUUCUCUCCAAAAAUAAACCAUCAGGGACAGAUUGACCUUCUGCAGAAAGUAUAGUGAAUGGACUCCUGAGGACUAGGGCAAAGUCAUUUUCUCAGAUGAAGCCCCUUUCCGUCUGUUUGGGGCAUCUGGAAAAAGGCUUGUCAGGAGAAGAAAAGGUGAGCGCUACCAUCAGUCCUGUGUCAUGCCAACAGGAAAGCAUCCUAAAACCAUUCAUGUGUGCAUUUGCUUUUCAUCCAAGGGAGUAGGCUCACUCACAAUUCUUCCCAAAAACACAGCCAUGAAUAAAGAAUGGUACCAAAAUACCCUCCAACAGCAACUUCUUCCAACAAUCCAACAACAGUUUGGUGAAGAACAAUGCAUUUUCCAGCACGAUGGAGCACCGUGCCAUAAGGCAAAAGUGAUAACUAAGUGGCUUGGGGACCAGAACAUUGAAAUUUGGGGUCCAAGGCCUGGAAACUUCCCAGAUCUUAAUCCCAUUGAGAACUUGUGGUCAAUCCUCAAGAGGCGGGUGGACAAACAAAAACCCACUAAUUCUGACAAACUCCAAGAAGGGAUUAUGAAAGAAUGAGUUGCUAUCAGUCAGGAUUUGGCCCCGAAGUUGAUUGAGAGUAUGCCCAGUCGAAUUGCAGAGGUCCUGAAAAAGAACGGCCAACACUGCAAAUACUGACUCUUUUCAUAAAUGUCAUGUAAUUGUCGAUAAAAGCCUUUGAAACGUAUGAAGUGCUUGUAAUUAUAUUUCAGUACAUCAUAGAAACAACUGAAACAAAGAUCUUAAAACAGUUUAGCAGCAAACUUUGUGAAAACUAAUAUUGUAUACUUAAAUACUUAUGUAAUUCUCAAAACUUUUGGCCACGACUGUACAUGUUCAACACGGGUAGCUGAGUAUGCUUUGAAAGCUGUCCGUGAGCCGGACACGGAAAAAAGUAUACCCGGCCGUUAAGUCUGCUCUCACUGUGGAAUAAGCUUCUCUAAUCCAUUUCAAUUCAGAGAUCAUCAAAGAGUUCAUACUGGAGAGAAACCAAAAAGGCAGGGGUAUACCUUUUUUUGCGUCCGGCUUGCAUGCGUUCGCGCAGCUUUCCAAGUAUACUCCCCGCGGCUACACGCGGAUGGCCGCGUUUGACACUAUACGCAAUACAAAUGAUUUCUUAUUCAAAUUAUUACUCUACCAGGCCAUCAGGGCAGCACUGAUUUGGCGACAUUUACAGUACAUUAAAACAUUAGGAUAGGUGAAGAAAAGUAACCGAUCCACCAUUGCACACACAGUUUAGAACAAACAAGACAACAAAGAACAGGAAUCAAACAUUAUGAUAACAAACAUGCUCCACAGCUUUCUCUUCUUGGAAGAAGUAAAAGUUAAAGAAGAAAAACGAUAGUGUGUGUGCAAAUGCCGUCUAUUUCCUUUGUAUAAUUGUUUGUAGUGGAGUAUCCUGUCUAAGGCUAUGUCCACACGAAGCCGGUGCAUUCCCUAUCCGAUCAUUUUUUUCCUUGCUCUAAAAAAAUAAUCUGUAAACACGAAACCACUGAAACCGACUGAAAGCGGUGUAGUAUAUAUGCCGGACCAGUAUGUGGCACUGUAAUUCUGCCACAGAUAUACACUAUACACGGAGAAGAAGACUUUGAGCAUGCACAUAACCAACGUAUGGUGUUGUCCAUUAUCGCUUGUUGGUCACCACAAUUGCAUAGAAGCAAUAGAUUUUUCUGUAAUAAAGCUAGUAGGCUUUAGUAGCUUCUGUAGCACGAACACAAUCACAUAUUCCGCCGUUAUUGUUGUUGCUGUUAAGUGUGACGCUUCCGACACGUGAUGUGAUGACGUUUUCGCUUCACAAAAUAUACGGAUUGGCUGUACAGACGAAACCGCAAGGGUGUCGGUUUCAGAUUUAUCCACUUUAGGACCCGGUUUAAAAAAAUAGCGGAUUCAGUCUCCCAAAACGCUGGAUCCGUGUGGAUGAAACUCCAAUACAAUAACAAAUUUAUACGUAUACAGUGAUACGCGUCUCCGUGUGGACAGCCCCUAAAUAUUUCCUGUUGUACGCGGACUGUAUGCGCACUGUCCGCGCGGCCUCAAAUUUUGGGCUGCACGCGGAUGGCCCGCGUGGCCGACCACGGACCCUCCUGAUGACGAAAAUUAAGUCCCUAGUAUACUUUCGGCUUAACACCGUAGUGUCUGUGGGAAGAGUUAAUCAACAGUCAAACUUUGUAUAGCACCAGUGACCUUAAUAAGGUUAUGACACCAAAAACUGUUUUAACUAUUAUUAAAUAGUAACUAAACCCUAAACCAACUUUUUUUAGUUAAUGAUCAAUAAGAAUGGGGCUUUUUUUAGUGCUGUUCUUUGAUUUGAGUAACUUUUUUCACAUUUGGGUAUAAAGUGUUUAAAUACUACAAUAUAUGGUGUAAAAAUGCCUGACUGCUGCCCUCCUCAGGUCGAUCGGUGGCUACUGAAGUUGAAUUUUCCUAUUGGAUGUUGCGGUACUACGUGACAUAAGCUGUACGGUGUGACAUAAGCAGGUUCAAGCUCGCCUCGCCCUUGUUACGAUCUCACCACACCCUUGGCAAAAUUCUCCAUUUUAGAGGCUGACCGCAGCAGCCCCCAAAUCAGCCCUGCCCUCGGUUCGUCCCCUCUAUCUCCAUUGGGGUCUGCACACUUUUCUUGCAUUUUUCAAAUAUUGCCAGUGGGUGGAGUCAGGCUCUGACCUGGGGCCGGUGGCACCAGCCGGACGUAAAAAUAUUGGGUGUAAGUCCUAUGUCGGGCUUAGCUACGUCCGACAUUGUGAAAAAUAUUUACGCCUGUUGCACCAUCUGAAACUAUGACCAGACGCAGCUACGCCCAGUGUAGAUGAUGCAUAUCCCCACGUUUGUGUUUAACAGUGAUAUUUAAAGCUGUUCGCGUUUACUAUGGCAAAAUGGUACACUAAUAGAUGACAUAUGUAAGCUUUACCCAUGUUUACCAGUGCACUCUACCUCAAGAUGCGUGCGUGCAGACCCAUCAAACACAUUAUAACAGCUCUAGUUUCAAACAAAAUUAAAUCAAAGCUUUUAAUAAGUUCUCUACAGUGUCUUUGUAAGUAUUCAUGUAUUUUAUUAUAUAAUUUAUUGGCGGUCUCUCUACCAUGCAUGAAAAGCACAUUGUGUAUCCUGUGCAUGUGCCAAUGUCUUGUCACAUUUCAUUAUUUCUAUUUUUACCAUAGAAGCAAAGUCAAUACUUUAUACUUACUCCUACCCUUGACUAGACAUAAGUUUAAAGGUGCAGUGUGUAUAUUUUAGCGGUAUCUAGUGAGAUGUUGAAUUGAAACCAAUGGCUCAGUCUGCCGUUCACCAGAACGCAUAGAGAAGCUAUGGUAGUCGCCAAAGGACAAACAUGUUGUUGUCUAAGACAAAAUAAAAAUGUGCUUUGUAGAGCAGUUUGUUCGUUUAGUGCUACUGUAGAAACAUGGCGGCACAAAAUGGCGACUUCCAUGUGAGGGGACCCCCUGUGUAUGUAGAUAAAAUCGGCUCAUUGUAAGGUAAUAAACACAUAACUGAUCAUUAUGUAAGGUCUUUAUACACCACUGAUAUAGUGGUGUAUAUUAUAUUGCAUUUCUGUCAAGAGAUCCUUCACAAAUGAAAUAAAACAGUUCUGUUCAGGUUUGUCGGAUUGAUCUAACAGUUCUGUAUUUUGGAGGUAAGGUGCCAAGCUGGUAAAGAGUGUAUGUGUUUGUGAGCAAACAUAAUGUUCAUAACUAUAUACAAUAGUGUGAAUUCAUGAUGUUUUUCAUAUUUUAUUUACACAUUUAUCAUUAUCUCUUUUAUAAACUAUUUUUAUGUGUCAAACUUGUUUAUUUUAUAUUGUGUGCUGUGUACUGUUUUCAAAGUUUUAAUGUCAUGGGACCACAUUCAUUUAAGAAAGUCUUUGUUCAGAUCAUUUAGUAAAUGCUUUGUUCAUUUUUACAAUGAUUAUGUCUCCUGACUUCUGCUAUAGGCCUAUUAUAGGGCUGGAAAAUUAAAGUUUACAUAAUUAUUCAGUAUUUUGUCAGUCUUUUUAUUCUUUCUAGGAAAGUUAAAGGAGCUGUUAUUGCAUUGAGAGCAUCUUGACCAGAUGCCAGUGUGAUAUGUUAGCACAAUAGAAAUUAACUGCAAGAGAGUGUAGAGAUGAGUAAAGACUGCCGAGAGGAACACCACUAUAUUUUGAGUAUAUUUUGCAUACUUGACAAGUUUGUCACACGUUCACUGCACAGACACCAUAUAUUGUAAAACAGGUUUCUUUUUACUUUAUUAGUAUUUUAAUGACAAUCACAGUUGAAUGUAAUGUUGUAAUAAAAAAGGAAGAAUGUCAUUGUAGGUAUCUAGAUGAAAAUAAAGGCUUUAAACUUCAA